CAAAAUCUAAUAAUAGGUCUGGGUCCGGACCCGGUCCGCUGUCCGCACAUUGGUGACCUAUGAAGACUAUGGUAAUAUUUGAUGUUAGAUAGUGACAUAUACGAGUUUUUGCAGGGACAGUAAACGCAGCAUCAGACUGGGGGACGCUGGUGAAGUUUCAUCUGUCAACAAAGUUGCCUUCACGGACUCACAGGGUUCGUGUAGCGUGUGUGAACGGGUGUUGUCCGGGGACAGGGAGACAUGUCGGAGGUGUAAAGCAGAGGACACAAAUGGACACCUGCGGGAUUAUGUCCGCUCUGGACAGACCCGCCGCCGAGCUCACGGUCAUGGACGUGUACGACAUAGCGGCGGUGCUGGGACACGAGUUCGAGCGGAUCAUCGACAGGUUCGGCUGCGAGUCUCUGGUCGCGCUGGUGCCCAAAGUGGUUCGGGUGCUGGAGCAGCUGGAGGCGCUGGUGAGCCGGGGAGCCGCCGGACAGGAGGCCCAGGAGCUGAGGAGGGAGCUGGAGAGACUGAGGCAGGAGAGGAGCGACAAGUCCGAGCAGGAGAGGAGGCACCAGAAGGAGCUGGAGCUGGUGGAGGACGUGUGGAGAGGUGAAGUCCAGGACCUGCUCCCUCAGAUCACUCGGCUUCAGGCGGAGAACCAGAGGCUGUUGGUGAGUCUCUCUCUCAAAGAGUCGCCCGUCCCAGAGGAAGACCUGCACAAACAGGAGGGAAUGUCAGAAAAAGAAAGACGUGUGAGGAAGAGGCUGGAAGACUUAGUGGAGAAGCAGAGGGAUGACAUCCGAGCGAAGGACCAUGAGCUCACACUGAGAAAUGAGGAUGUUGACGCGCUCCAGAUGCAGCAGCAUCGGGUGAUAAGGAUCAACCAGGACCUCCGUCACAGGAUAGGAGUGAUGGAAGCGCAGGGCAAGGCACUAAUCCAGCAGAGGGCUGAGCUGCAGGCUGCGGCCCAGGCACGGCAGCAGGAGGUCGGGGCUCUGCAGCUGGAAGUCACCAGGCUGAGUAAGGAGCUCCGAGACUGGGAACUGGAGAGAGAGAUCUCUGAGGUCGAAGGGUCCUCUCUUACAAAAUCUGGAAUGUCCUUACCUGCAUCACCACAGAUGACGCCCUCAGAGGCAGCGCCACCCACCACCAUCAAACCAAAGUCAGUGUGGGUGGAGUGUGGAGGGGACCCUGGCUUCAUGGCAAACUGCUUUGAGCGCGACAAGCGUCCCUCCAUCCUCCAGAGGUCAUCUAUCAGAGAAAACCACGAGGAAGAGGGUGACGAAGAUGAGGAGGCGACAGCUUUGUUAUUGAAGGUGCCAGCUGACACAGAGCUGGAGGAGCGGAGCGACAGCCCGGAGCAGGAGUCAGACAAACCUCGCUUUACUCUGCAGGAGCUACGGGACGUCCUGCAGGAGAGGAAUGAACUCAAGGCCCAAGUGUUCGUGCUGCAGGAAGACCUGGCGUAUUACAAAAGUGACGAGUCUGAGGAUGACACCAGCCCCUUUGUUUGUGCUUCACCUCCUCCACCACGCUCCACUUCCACUGACCAGCCUGAAUCAGGAAUCCGGCGCUUGAUCUUCACCGCCAUAAUGCCAAUGGUGGCAGCUGGUUUGAUCACAGACGAUCCCACGUUGUUGCCAAUCAGAAGACUUUCCUUUGUAUGACUGUAAAUUUAAAGAAUCCUCAUACAUCUCUCUGUUUGCCAGCAGACAUUAAUAAGAAUUGGCUUAGUUGCUGCUUUACUUGCUGAUUUUAAACCAAAUCUCUGGAAUUUUUACUGUUACAUUUUGGUAACAUUGUCGCUAACUUGGUAAACCUAAGUACUAAAAAACUAGAUAAUGGGCUCAACCUGGAAACUCUUGUUUGUAUUCGUGACCUCUAAGGGUUUAGUAACUUCAUAAAAAAAGUCACCACCUGUCAAUGGAUCACUUUAUUUAUAACAAUGAAUUCAAUGUUCUCACUUUCUCCCGGCACAGAAAUCGUUGUGCUACAUAAUAAUGUAUAAACUGAAUAUUCACAGACUCAUAAUAACAUCAAGUGUCAGAAAUGGGUCCAGCUGCCAUGAGACCUGGUGAUGGGACAUGUUGUGAUGCCAAAGUAUUAUCAAGUUGUUUGAGUCUGGUUUCAACAUUCAGUGAAAUUGAGCUUUAAGACCAUGUUCCUCUGUUUUCCUCUAAAAACACUGUAUGUGAUUAACUGUACAGUAUUACAGCCCUGCACCACACCAUAGACUGUAUAUAAAGAUGAGCGACAUGUCUCCCCCCCCCUACUAUCCAGAAAAGAGGCUAAAAUAUGUGGGACAAGAAUGCCACCAUUUGGAGCCAGAGUCUUUGCAGUAGUGAUUGGAGGAUGGAGCUGAGGGGGCGAGGCCCCAGAGGAAAUAUGUUCCACCAUAGAAUAUGUCCCAACUAUCAGUAUGUGCAUCUGCAAAAGAAUGUUUGUUCUGAAAUAAAGUUUUAUUUAACUUU